UUUAUCUGUGCCGUGUGACUUCAAUCAACGGCAGUGUCGCGGACAAACGUCAUUUACUUUGUUAUCUUUUGAUCCAAUUUAUCUGACAACAAUAAAAUUUCCAGAUGGUUUAUUAAUUCGUAUGGACAAGAUCAGUCAAAUAAGUUUCUUGUGAAGUGUCAGUGUAUUUUGUGGAUUUGUGGGAUACUCAUUAUGUAAAUACUUUCUCUUUUAUCGCCUGACUGCUUGUUGCGAAAUCAAAAAUGAAUUUUUAUACAAGCAUAGUGUCGAACAGCAGUUCAAACGGUACGGAUGAUGAAGGGUGUAUGUUGGUGAACACCACGCAAAAUGUGAUUAUAACAGGUGCGUACAACGGCAUUCCUCAGACUUUAAUAUUGAACUUGGUGUCGUGGACAUGUCUCAUUGCGUUGUUCACCGUGCUCCGACGGACGGCGUGGAACUAUGGCCGAAUGGCGCUCGUUCAGCGCACGAAGAGCCGAUGGACCAAUCUAUUUUACCGCGGAGGUGAUGGCGACGCUCUAGUAAACAGAAGACGAAGUGCAGACGAGACCCUUAAUAUUGAUGAAGGGUUCUUUACAUGGCUGCCAGCAGUGUUCCGCCUAACUCGCGAGCAGGUUCUUGCCAAGUGCGGCCCCGACGCUGUCCACUACCUCUCCUUCCAAAGACAUGCAAUAACGUUGAUGUUCAUUGUGACCCUUGUGUCUAUUGGGCUGAUCCUGCCAAUAAACUUCCAAGGCACUAAUCUAAAUGUAGACUCCAGUACUUUCAGUAGAACCACUUUGUCGAACUUGCCAGGAAGAUCAAACUGGUUAUGGGUACAUACUCUAGUGAGCAUCUCCUUCCUUCCAAUAUCUGUCCUGAUCAUGAGGAGGUGUACUGGACGUAAACCUGUGCCAACAUCUAUGACUGGCACAAUUAUGAUAACAAACAUAUCAAAAGCCGAUAGAAAUGAAUCCACAAUAAGAGCUUAUUUUACCAACAACUUCCCUAACAUUCAAAUAGUAGAUCUCAGACUCGCCUACAACAUCAAUAUGUUAAAUGAAGUACAAGAAAAGAAAGAUAUGGUCACAGAAGCACUAAUAUACACUGACUCUUACUUCAAGAAAACUGGGAAGCGCAUUACUGUGAAGCCUACAUGGUGUGGUCCAGAACUUGAUGCACUGGAGUUCUACACCAAUGAAGAGAAGCGACUCAAAGAUGAAGCAAAACGAUGCAGAGCCAUGGUCCUGAAUGACCCUCUUGGUAUUGCCUUUUUAACUUUACCAUCCUACCAGCUUGCUGAACAUGUAAUCAAUAAUUUUAAUUUGCAUUAUGGCUGGGUUUUGUCUCAUGCAACAAACCCCUCUGACAUAAUUUGGGAAAACCUAAGUGUACAACCUGGUGUGUGGUACCUGAAAGCUAUUGUAGUCAAUUUCUUCUUAUUUAUUGUGUUAUUCUUUUUGACAACCCCUGCAAUUAUUGUCAAUCUAUUCAAUACAAUGGUAGCAAAACCUGAUACUCUAGGAAAAAUUAGCACUGUAAUUUUCGAGUUCCUCCCCACCCUGCUUCUGUGGACGAUGGCUGCUGUGAUGCCAGCUAUUGUUGCAUUCUCUGACAAAUUUCUUUCUCAUUGGACUAAGUCACAACAGAAUUACUCCAUCAUGACUAAAACUGUUUCAUUCUUAUUGUUAAUGACCCUGAUCCUGCCCUCAUUGGGUCUUGCCAGUGCUGAAGCAUUUGUCAGGUGGACGAUACACCACGAAACUGACCCGAUGCGUUGGGAUUGCGUAUUUUUGCCCGAUAAAGGCGCAUUCUUUGUUAAUUACGUCAUUACUUCGGGUUUUAUCGGAACUGCGCUGGAACUGAUCCGGUUUCCGGAACUGUUUCUCUAUGUAUGGUAUUUACUACAAUCUAAAUCCAAGGCAGAAAAAAGCUACGUAAAGCGAGCCAUUCUUUACGAGUUUCCAUUCGGAGUUCACUACGCUUGGAGCAUAGCGAUUUUCUCAAUUACGAUGGUUUAUAGCCUCGCGUGUCCGUUGAUUGCACCGUUUGGCUUAUUAUACAUGAUGUUUAAACACGUCGGUGAUAAACAUAAUCUGUUUUUCGCCUACGGUCCGUGCGACAUGAGUGGCGUCGGCGGUGGGAGGAUCCACGCCACAGCUGUCAGACUUAUUCGAGUUUCGGUUCUCUUACUUCUCGUGAACAUGGCUGCUUGGGCUGGUUUAAGAGCAGGUUUCGAAGCUAGAACUAUAAUUUUGAUAAUGGCAUCGAUUGUUGCUUUUGGAACAUUUUUGUUACUCAGUCCAUUCCCGAGCUGCACGCCCCCUGCCCCGCUGCAGGAAGAGCCCAGUAUCAGGUUCCCAGAGUACAUAGCACCUGCGUUGACAAAACCCAUUGAUUCUCCCCCUAGUACCGCAGCGACGACCCCGGAUUAUGGGGCUUCGUCACCUGUAACGACGCAUUCUUAUAGUCCCGACCCAAUUAAUAUAUAAUUUGAAAAUUAGUGAAUUUCUUUUAUCAAGUAAUUUUUGCCUUAACUUGCGAUCCGCUCAUAUCAGUGACAAAUGAAAUACAUGAACGGGUGAAUUGGCGAUUGAGAAUGGAGCAUUAGACUUUUAAAACAAUGUAAAUAACCAAUGCAAUAUUUUUAUAUAUAUACAAUUAUACAUAUACGAAGUAAUUGUAGGGGUAGUCGACUGAAAUCUUAUGUUCGGAUCUUUCUUUUAGUGUACACGAUUGUUUUGUAAACUAAAAUUAGUCGUUUGACCCAAGAACAAUUACGAUUAAUAAUUAUGUAUAUUAUUUUACAGCUUUACACGAAGCACUUAAUGUUUUUUUACUUUGUUGUGUGCGUUGAACUUGGAUCACGCUGCUACAAGCACUGUAUUGUUACUAGGUUUAGAGAUUAAUUAGAUUAGAGUAUUAAUGGAUAAAUAUAGAUCUAUAAGGACCAUUUUGGUUCAAAGAGUAAUCGAUACGCCUAGAAUGAAAACGUAAUUGUAUUUUGCGCCUUAGACUUGUCAUAAUCCAUUGAAGUCUUAGAUCUUUUUCAGCCUAUGCCUAAGACAGCAGUCCAGAACAUAAGAUAUCAGAAUACUUGAUUUUGUGAUUGUUUUAUGGCUGUCAUUUUUAUAUUUCCUUAUUCCUAGUAACUUAUUAGACGAUAAUAAUUAUGCUUUAUUUUUUGUACAUAAUGUAACGAGAUCUUUCGUGUUAUAUUUAGGUAAAUAACAUCAUCGGUAUAUCAAAUAAACGCUGGAAUAUGUAUAUUUGUUAUUUUCCUUUAACCGAAUUGCUUAUUGCGAAACAUAUAGUUAAGCUGUAUUUCAUUAUAUUUAAUCAAAAUAUAAAUUAUAUGGUAAUUGGAAUUGCUUAGUAUUGCUGCUACUCAUCUCGGCGAAUGCACUAGUGCACUAAGCGUUAAUCUUCAUUUCCGCAUUUAAUGCUUCUAAUUGGAUUGGCAUGCGGAACUUCGAUUCAUCCUCAAGAGAUUUGCUCUCUUUUUAGAACAAUAUUUUGAAAGAAACGUAUUUUGCAGGAUGAAAACUAAGUUGGUUUUACAAAACAGUGAAAAUUUUGCCUAAAAAAUCUUCAUGCCAAAAAAAGUAGCGUUAUUAUUUAAUCGGAAGAACACACCAUGACAAAUUACAAUUAACUUUUCACAUACCAAAAGUUGUAUAUUCAGUCAUAGCUACUACUUACUACUAGUACUAUUUCAUAUGUAUCUGUUUGUUCAAAGUUUCUUGCAAAUUAACAAUUUCACGACGUGUUACUAAUUAAAUUCAGGCCAGAGCAACCUUCUAGUCGGUCAUUUACUUCGCAUGUCGCAUGCUUGCUCUAAAAAGUAUCGCGAAGUAAUAGAAGCAAGCAGUUAUUACAUCGCACCAAGCACCGAUUAUGAUUUGAACCGGUCCGUUCCAUUCCAUCGGCAUCUGUAAUGUGAUACAAGUUGAUUCAACGCAGACGGACGCAAACAACCACAUUCGGUGUGUCAAGGUUUCUUGGUCAGAUCUUGUUCAAAGGUGUUUUACAUAACUAUCGGCUGUUCGUAUCUUAGAAGCCUCAAUUAAUGCUGCUCUCAAUUUCUUGAAGAUGCUUUCAUAUUAAUAUAAGAUUGUGUAAUUUGCAAGUAGUCCUAAUACAUUGUCUUCCGUUAGUCAGAUGAAAACAUUGUUCUGAGAUAUGUCUAACAUAGCGCAUUAUGAUUGUGCGUGACACUCGAGUCCAAAUAAGUUAGUCAUACCAAGUGCACGUGAAACAUAUUACGCAUACUAAUUAGAUGUGUAGAAACCUUGCAUAACACAUUAACGAUACAUUGAAAACCAUCCUCAUUCAUUCGUUAGCUACUGUUAUCGUUAAUGAUCCAAAUCACUUAAAACAUUUGGACGUAACAUUCAGGUCAGCUUGUUAUAAAUAUCUUGAAACACUUGUAUUCGCACGCAUUGCUCGCUAGACAUGAAUUAAUUGACGGUAUAAAGCAUAACCAGCUCCCAUUUUCUGAAAGCAAAACAGUGUAUCGGCUUAUCGUAUCGUAAACGUGUAUUGUAAUGGGCUAUUUAGCUGUGAACUGUGAACCUGCGAAUGUUUUCACAUUGCUUUGAGAAGUAGAUGACUCUAUUCAUAGACGACACGCGUUGUAAUGGCAUGAGUUUACUAAGGCAAAUACGAUACAUCCGUAAAUCAAUAUGGCUUCCUGAAUGACGUCACUAAGAAAACUAGUAGGUAGUUAGGUGCCUACUACAAGAAUUGUUUUUGUUUUGUUUAUAAAUUAACUGGAAAUAUUUAUUUUGUUAGAAAAUUAAUAUUCAAGUCAAGUAUAAUAAAUAACAUAAAAGAAAAUCACCAACCAAUCAGAAUUGAUUCGUCACGUCACCAUGAUAUUUUUUCUCUCUCGCCCUGUUAUUACUAAACUAACUAUGGUUUAACUUUAUACUGAAUUAAUGUGACUUAGUUUGCUAUUUAUGUUUUCCACAGACACAAUGAAUAGUUAGAAAUCACGCCUUUUGAAAAAGCCAUUGACUGAAAAAUGAAUUCAGUAGCCAGUGGCUAACAGAUCGGCUUAGACAGUUCAGCAUAACAUAAAAUAUCGAUCUGUGAAGUCGUGAACUCGUGACCCUUACAAUCAGACAGGUAACCUAUUUUACACAAAGGUAUCAUAGUGGAUCUGUAACCACCUAAAAAUUACUUUAAAAUUUAUCUGCACGUUAAAAUAAUGACCUGUGGUUAGUUAGGAUGUUAAUGAUUUAUAAUGCAAAGCGAUAGUGCGAUAUCUAUUCGCAGGACAUGACAUCAUCCAAUGUGUUUUUCUCUGAUCAACAAUUUGAUUAUAUUUAUAUCCUAGUUUGUUUUACACGUCAUUUAUAGUAUGGGUAGACAUUUCUGUAGCUUUACGUGAUUUUACUAGCCAACGGAAAUCUUUCCCAAAGAAAUUCUGUGUCAUUUGAAAACGUGAUUGCUUAAUUUAUGCUCUUUAUUGACAUUGAAGAAACGAGUUUGUUUUGAUGGUUUUUGUUUUCAUAUUAAACUAAACUUGUUUCAAAGUUAAGCUCGUCUGGGAUGUUGAAAUCACAUUCCGAGUUGUUGAAAUAUAACUAUUCCGGAUAAUUUCUUCGAAAAUGUAUUGGGGAAACUGUCUAAAAAUGGCAUAACCUUCACAGUGUUAGUAGGUACGCUUGGUCUCUUGGCUUAGUGUGCAUUGUGUUUGUGUUUUCAUUACGCAGUCCAGAGCCAAUAAAAUCAGGUCAUUGAACGUAAGAUCAGUGAAUGUUUCAUGAAAACUGUAGAUGAGAAAAUAAUAAUGCACCAUAUUGAGACAAAAUACCUACAUAUUGUUACACAACAAACAUUUCAACAGAAAAGGGAUUUUCAAUAUGAUUACCGAUGUGUUUUUAUCGGACUACUCAAUUAGUCAAUUAUAAAUAAUACUUAUCCACGUCACACAAUCGAAAUGAUAUGGUUACAUUUACAUUUUAUCUUUAUUGGCACGUUUAUGGUCACGCCAAAAUAAUUACAUCGCUACCAAAACAGUUGAGCAAACUUACAUGUUUGGUGAGGGUGAGACAUGAGUUGGUACACAAGAAUUUGACCAAUUUGUGCUUCGAAAAUGGAAAAUAAAAGCCGUUUCAUUCCCCUCGUGUCGUGGUCUGCCCUCACUUAACGAAAUCAAGCACUGACCUCCGUUGUAUGAUUCAUCAACCAACAUAAUCUUUUAUUCCAUAGCGUCCAUAUUUUUAGCCUUUGAAGUGUUAAUCUAUGCGGUCAACUACUAAUAUUUUCGAAUCUACGUGAUAAAAUAAACGACAACUUUACACGCCAAUAUAUAAUUUAUCAAGGUACCUAUGUAUUUGUUGGCAUUGGUGAUAAGAGGUGGGCAAAUUGGCUUUUCCUUUAUUAGAGACACUUAAUACUUACAUGCAAUGUUUUUACGUCACAAAUAUUACUUUGGACAAUUGCUAAGUAGCUGAUAUUAUAGCAAACUAGAUUUGUAUUUCCAUUAUCAUGAAUUCUGGUGAUAGAUACGCGUGGUCCACAAAUGGAUUUUAUCUGAAGUAAAACGUCACAGAAGUAGAAAUAUUCUGAUUAUACCAUGGACGUGAGGUCAUCCAUUCAGUCAUCGACAAGUUCCUAUCCAUGUGCGUCACACUUGCGUCUCUUUUGCCCUUGCUUGAGUUCUUUGACUCAAUAGAAAAUGCCAGCUUUUCUUUGAUGACGCUCUUUACAUUUUGUGGGCUGAACCGUGAUUGAUGGUAAAGUCAUUUUCAACAGAAUUGUGAGUUCAGUUUCAGUCCAAGAACUACGUUUCAAGAAACCGUUGAAGCAACCUCCGAAUGGCUAGACUCUUAUCAGACAGUUCAUUGACUUAGGAUACCGACGUAAACACAACAUUACAGAGUUUUCUCUUUAUUUUUCUAAUGAUCUUUCCAAAUCAAUUUAUGAAUAUUUUUUCAAUUCAUGUUUCGUUGGGGAUAUAAAUUAAUCAAAUUAGGUUUCAUUAUUAGUGCUACUAAAACUUAGUGUUUCAACACGCUACUAUAAUUAAAUCAGUCUAUUUACAAAAAACAUGCAAAACCAAAUGAUUUACUGUUUGUGUUCCAAUGGUGACUAAUUAUGUACCUAAGCGAUAUUUUGAUAUUUCGCAGAAUAGAAGUUGUUUUCCUGUCGAGUGGGGAUACAAAUAAAACAAAAUAUCAAUUCAUAUAGGUAAUAAUACAGUUUCUACUAUAAUAGAGCAAUACGUUCUGCUUAUAAUAUCGUGAUGCAUAAGUUAAAUGGCAUGUCUUUUCUAUAAUACAUGCAAUUCCUAUGUACAGCAUAACUACUAUACAUGACAAAUAAACACGGACGAGUUAUGUAUUGAAAUCGUUUAUACCAAAUAGAUAAAAUGUCCGCGUUUAAUAACAAAUAAUAAUUAGUCCACAAUGUUGUAAGUGGGUUUUGUAAAUAACACUCGUUUUUAAUCAUUAAUGUGUUAUUAAUUGAUUCGUCUUGAGUUUUUUUAAUGUUUAACAUUAUUAUUUCUUUUUUCUUAUUUAUUUUGUUGGUUUGUUAAUAGAAACGGCUUGUAGAUUUUAAUGCACUGUAUUGAUUGUAUAUAGGUGAUAUGGUAAAAUACUGGUAGGCGUGUGAUACGUGACUCACGCUGAAAGUAUUAACAGUUGCAUAUAAAAGUAAUUUGUAAAUCCUUCAGGUAUUUUUUGGGUAAUACUUAAUCGAUUAAGUAGAUUUUCGUUAAAUUCGUCGGUUUUAUUUUUCCUUUGUACGUCUUCCUCCGGAUACGGGAUAUUGCCAAAAUAUCUUCCUUCUAUUCAAGUGAUUAGAAUACCAAGUCGCCAGACAGAUGACAUUGACAUUUUCCUUGCGCUUGCGCUUUCGAAAGGUUAUUAGUUAUUUGUUUGUUUUAUAUUUACAUCUUGUAAGAUAUGAUAAAAAUCUUUAUUAACCUGCCUGCCUUAUCAUAAUCUGUUGAGAUAACCAUCCGAAUUCCAAAUGUGUGUAAACAACAAUGUAUUUGCACCUUUGUUGUACAUAUUAAAGCUUCAUUUGUCAAAUCAAUUGUAUUGAUCUUACAAACGUUGCAACUGUGUCUUAUCGCAUUGGAAUUUGUAUUUGUUUAUGAUAAUUGUACCCAUUUGUGGCUAUUAAAUAUUGUAUGGAAAAUACUGACGAAGAGACCUAAAUCUAAGUGUUUAGUUUACCUAAAUACCUUAGCUUCACAUGUGAACUUUAUCUAUUGUAUAGAACACGGCUCUUGUUUGUAAAUCACUGCGUAUUAUAAGUAUUGUCAUUUAUAUUAAGCUUUUAAUUAUUUUAACUUAAUACUUAUAUAGAUAAAUAAUAUAAUAUUGUUUUAUA